UUAAGCCGGGACACGCCGGAUCUGUUCUGGACAUGAGGAGGCAGCCGCGCUCCUUUUCCUAAAGGAUAAUUUUGGCAGGGAGACUGGGAACAUCUGCUGCCGGUGCCGCCAUGAGGGCUGUGCUCUGGGACCUGCUGCUGCUCUGCCUCUUCGCCCGGGCACGGGGCGACUGCCGGGGGGACUGCCUGCGCUGCGACCGCCACCUCUACCGGGACAGCUUUGAUGUCCUUGUCUGCAUCCUGGAGUGCGAAGGCGAAGCCGUGCCGCGGGCUACCUGGGAGCUGUGCGCCGCCGCCGCCGGCCGAGCUGCCCCGCGGCCCCGUGACCUCCAGGACGCCGGCGAUCCCUGGCACGGCGCGGCGGCGGCGGCGGCGCCGGCGGUGCCGGCGAGCCCGCUGCAGGUAAGCGAGCUGCUGCGGCGACGGGAAGCCGAAGACGAAGGCGUCGAAGCGGCGCCGGACGCCUUCCCGCAGCCACCCGAGGACAUUUCCCGACGACUCGGCGGUUUCCCGCGGGGGACGCGCGGCUCGUGGCCGGCGCCGACGGCCAGGGGGGUGCAGAAGCGAUACGGGGGCUUCAUCGGGGUCCGCAAGUCGGCGAGGAAGUGGAACAACCAGAAGAGGUUUAGCGAGUUCCUGAAGCAGUACCUGGGCAUGUCGCCCCGCUCCAGUGAGUACGACAUUGCCGGCGGCAUCAGCGAGCACAACGAGAUCUAACGGAGACCCGCGCCGCCCGGCUAGGUCCGCCAUGGCCAAAAAAGUCAACCCUCUACCCCUCUACACCACAUGUCCAUAGGUGCAAAUUAAAAAAAAGGGGGCCAAAAAAAAAAAUAAAAAAAAUUUGGAAAUGGCUUGAAAAGGUCGAAUUGGAGACCGGGGAGGGAUGCUGAGGGCGGCUCGUCGGCAUCUCGGCAUCCGGAGGGUGCUCGGGGAAAGGCCCUUUGCUGUCAGCCUCCCCCCGCCCCGCCAGGGAGGAUGGGCAAAAGGGUUUUGUCCUCGGCUCCAAAUAGGUCUGAAGGAUGGUUCAGCUCCCCCCAAAAAGCAGGGGAAAAAAAAAAAAUCAAAAAAAAGUAGAAAAUCUAAAAAUAAAAACAUUUCAAAAAUUGAAAAAUUAAAAUAAAUCUUAAAAUCUGAAACAAAAAUUUAAAAAUUACAAUAAAGUGGAACCGUUUCCUUUUAGAAAUUAAGUAAUUCCUCCCAGAACGCUCCAGCUUCAUAUUGCCAAAUUGAGCAGCGGGUUAACCCCGCGCUGCUGCUCCCUGGGGACCCGCUUGUCCCCCCCCACCCCGCUACCACCGGCUCCACGCUGGGAUGCUCGGAGCCCCCGGUCCCUCGACCCUGCAGCUGCUGAGACCACCCAUCCCCACCCCUCUUCCCACCCCAAAUUUACAAUUUGGGAGAAUUUUAAAACUUUUCCCUUUUUUUUUGGUUCUUUUUCCUUUUUUUUUCCCCCGGGUGGCAUCUCCCUAAAUUAGGGGAUGCACCCCCAGUCCCGCAGCCCCUGGGAGAGAGCCCCCCCGCUCCCUCCGCUCUCGGCUCAGCUGCUUUUUUUUUUUUUUUCUCCUUUUUUUUUUCUCCUUUUUUUUCUUCUCUUCUUUUUUUUUCUUCUUUUUUUUUUUCCUUUCUUUUCUCUAUUUUUUUUAUUUUUAUUUUUUUAUAGCGUUCCGGCACCGCAUCCCAGCACCUUCCGCCAGGCACAGGCAAAAUUAACCCUGCUCCUGUCCACCCCAGCAGCCUCCAUCCUCUCUCUGACGGACCCCAAAGCGCUUCAGACUCGCACGCGUUCAGAAAUCACUUUGCUCUUCACUCACUAAGCCAGAUUUAAACCAGGACCCGACGAAUUUCUGCCUCCGCCGGCGACGGGAGCGAGACGCUGCGGGGAGG